AUGAUGUUGCGAUUUCAUAGACCAGUCUUCCUCGCAGCAGUGCUUGGACUCUGUCUCACUUCUCUUUGUAUUGCCGAGACGGUCAACAUACCUUCCGAUACUCCUAUUUCUUCCUUAAUUGCCUCUGGAAAGGCCGCUCGUGCUCGCGGAGCCAACAAUGAGGCCCUUGCAUAUUUCGAUGCCGCCGUGUCCAAGGACCCAUCUGACUACAUCAGCCUAUUUCAGCGGGGGGCAACGUAUUUGUCUUUAGGCAGGAAUGCACAGGCUAGUGCAGAUUUUGACAGUGUCUUAAAAAUAAAGCCUGGGUUUGAUGGAGCAUUGUUACAAAGAGCAAAAAUCAGAGCGAGGAAUGCAGACUGGACUUCGGCCAAACAGGAUUAUCUCGCUCUGGGGAAGAAAGCGGCAGAAGAAUUAGCCCAACUCGAGGAAGCAGAGGGUGCAGCCUAUCUGGCAUUCGAGGCGGAAAAGAAACAAGACUGGGAAUCGUGCAUCAAUCAAGCGGGCAUCGCAAUCAUGACGGCGGGAACAGCCCUGUCACUCCGACAACUACGCGCAAGAUGUCGAUUCGAGCGGGGCGAGGUGCAAGAGGGCAUCAGUGAUCUGGCACAUGUGCUGCAAAUACAUCCAAGCCUUGUUGAUCCUCAUCUCCAGAUGUCAGCCAUGUUGUUCUACAGCUUGGGGGACACCGAACGCGGUUUGGCGCAAAUCAAAAAGUGCUUACAUUCAGAUCCAGACUCAAAGCCCUGCAAGUCCUUGUUUCGAGAAGAGAAGGCUAUCCUGAAAGAAGUCGACAAGAUCCAGUCCCUCAUCAAUAACAGACAAUUCAAUUCUGCAAGCAAGUUCUUGGCCGGCCGGAAUACCCAAGACGAACCGGGACUUCUAGCAGAAGUCAAAUCCAAUAUUGAUCUCCACCGCUCGAGUGGUACCAUCCAUGCAAAAGCGCCAUCCGAUCUCUAUUUAACCCUGUUAGAGAAAACUUGCGAAGCCUUCCUCUCCAUGAAUAACAUGAUCAAGGCAAACAAGUAUUGCCCAGAAUUAUUAACCCGGAAUCCGACAUCGCUUCAGGGCCUCCUCCACCAAGCACAAAAACAUAUGGACAGCGAGAAUAUCGAUGCGGCAAUCGCCUCACUCAAGACUGCCCGAGACAACCAUCCGGAAGCCCAAGCCACAAUCAACCAAAAACUCCAAGACGCUCAGGUCGCCCUGAAACGCAGUAAGUCCAAGGACUACUACAAGAUCCUGGGAGUCUCCCGUGAUGCGGACGAAAGAACAAUCAAAAAAGCCUAUCGUACGGCAACCAAGAUUUAUCAUCCCGACAAAGCCGCUGCAAAAGGAAUGUCCAAGGAGGAAGCCGAGAAGAAAAUGGCUGCCAUCAACGAAGCGUAUGAAGUUCUCAGCGAUCCCGAGCUGAAAGCGAGAUUUGAUAGAGGGGAGGAUCCAAAUGACCCGUUGGCGAAUCAAGGAGGCAAUCCAUUCCACGGAAGUCCUUUCGGGCCUGGCGGGCAACAGUUCUUCUUUCAGCAAGGGUUCCCUGGGGGCGGGGGUGGUCAGAGACAAUUCAAGUUCUCGACCGGUGGAGGAGGCCCGGGAGGGAAUCCUUUCGCUGGCUUUCCUGGAUUCGGAUGA